AUGGGUGAGCCGAAUGGAACCGGAGAACAUGGGAGUUCCUUUCCUCCAGGAACGCUUGCGAAGCUGACGUGUGAGAUACUCGACGACACGUUCUAUAAUAUCAUCCAUGAUAUAGUGGCCAAGGUGCAUCGCGAUGAGAAGGUCUCCCGUAUGCGCUCGGCGGUGGUCACUGCAAGGCAGAAAGCCGACGAAGAGGCCGCCAAACGUCGUGAAGAGAGCGGGAAGCCGGCUGGAGCAUUCAAGCCUGGCGAUCUCGAUUUCGAGGAGCUCAAGGAUAUCCAUGUCGAGACCGACGCAGCUGUCUUCGAUGAAGGCAAGGUUUACCUCAAGGGGAAUCCUCUGCAAACGACGAAAGAGAUAAUCUGCCCGGACUGCCGAUUGCCUCGUCUUUUGUACCCGGUGACCGGCGUUGGGGCUCGGGCUCCCCCGGAUCCGUACCGAGAGUAUUGUCAGAAGCAGCCGAUGAUCAGCAAACCCGGGCAUGAUGUUCAUGGUAACCCAUUCGCGACAGAUAAAUUGAACCCAAAGAAGAAGAAACAGACGAACACGUCCAAUACACCUGCUUCGAGCCCUCCCACGACACCUGACAGUUCCUUCAAACAAGCAGCUCCAGAGAAGGUGUCAUUCCCGACUGUGAAAUGCCCCAACUGUCCGAGGUACUUUGUGGUGACGCGUGUCGCGCAGCAUUUGGAUAGAUGCUUGGGUCUGUCAGGGCGACAGGCCAACCGCAACAAGACUCCGAUGGAGAAUGGCGCCAGCACACCCAGUUCAGCCCCGCCCAAACGCCCACUCGUCGACGAUGACGCUCCAACAGCACUCCCGCCGAAGAAGAAGAAACUAGGAGCCCCGAAGAAACUGUCUGGAAAGAAGCCACCUCCGCCCAGCAAACUUAAGAACGGGUUGACACCCGAUAUGGCCGCAGCAAGCGACGCCGCUGGUUCUGGUGAUGGAGAUAUCAAGACUGAAGCGAACGGGGACAAUGCAUAG